CACGCGUUACUCGCACACGACGGGAGUGUGGCGGCAUCCGUUUGUCCGUCGUCGUCGUCGUCGUCGUCGUUGUUGUUCGCUUCGCUUCGUGUUGGCUCACGCCGCCGCUUCUCCGAAACAUCCACACGACGCUCUCCGGUGUGAAACAUCUCUCGCUCUCGUGUACGCCGUUGGCGACAUUGUUACCGUCAUCGUGUAUACGCGCGCGCUGGGAUACGUCACGUUUUACGGUGUUCUCUCCGUAAAGACGGCCUCCCCGACAGUCCCUACCUACCUACCUACUACUACCUACCUAUUCCAUGUGGCAACGGUAGGGCGACGGAGGGGAGGGGGCGGGCCCUUCGGGAAAGCGAGCCGGGAAGACAAACUAGUCGUUAGUCGUACGCAGAUAGGCGAGCUGUCGAGUCGUGUGUUUUCGACUUCGAUUGGUUAUUCGGUUGUGCGCGCCUCACUCCAAACGGAGGAGUUUUGUUAGUUCGCUUUUUCGUUGGUGUGCCUCAAUUCAAGUUCCCAAUAAUCUUCAAGAGUCACGCGGUAUGCGUGGUCGCAACGAUCUCCCCGUUCCGUGCGCGUACACAAUUACACGGAUUAGGUCAAAGUAACCUCGCGCCUCUCGUACUGUUGUACAAUUUACAUACCGUGUGUGCGUGCGUGCGUGCGUGCGUGCGUGCGUGUAUGUGUGUGGGACAGAGAGGCAUCGGUAAUCGCGUCGUCGCGCGUGUUUUCAGUUCAUUCUGUCGGUGAUAUGUGGUGCGACGCGUGAUCGCCGUUUCUCUCUCACCUGAGUGUGUUGUACGAGGGACGUAAAUUGGCGCAUUUAACGCGCAAUUCUGCAUUCGCCCCGGCGAUAAAAAGGAUUUGGAUUACAGUGUGAGGAACAAGAAAGAGAGAAAGAGAGAGAGAGAGAGAGAGAGAGAGAAAGAAGAACGUUGGAUCGUACGAAUACAAGGGCGCUCUCGAUGUUGUAAUUAAGUGUGUUACAUUGAUUGCUCCAGUUUUUUUUUUUUUUUUUUUUUUGUUUUUUUCGAUCGAAAGUGGCAAACAUCUCGCACGGAUAUCGACAAUUAUCGCUACCAUGUUUCGGACGUAGCCCCGUCGACGCUUCCGGCAAAAGUUCACGCAUACAACACGCCUGUGCGCAUACGUUGUCGAGUGGUGCGCGAUGGUUUUUCUCGCCGUACGUGUGUAAAAUACACCGGGCGAGAAAAAAAAAGGAACGUAACUUGGUGAUGUAUUGUGCCGCGAAAAAAAACGGAGUCGUCAAAGAUUACAAUAACAUGUGCGUUCUCUCUCCUCCUCCUCUUCCUCCCCCGUGUGUAUAACCGGGAAAAGUUGUUGCUUCUCUCUAUCAUCCUAAAUUGUGUCAAUCGCGCGCGCGGGCCCGUCUUUGUUGUCAUCGCACGUCGACUGGUGCACCAGGUUUCGGUGAACACAAACUGGCGCGCGCUGUUGCCAGUUUCGCAGCGCGCCAGUGAGAUCUGUGGACUUGAGAGCAUUCCCCGUGUGCUUUAAACGGAUCGAGAGAGUCGCGACAACUUGUGUGUAUGUGUGCGUGUGUGUGUGCGUGUAUGUUGUCGCGAACGUGACAAAACACCACCGCGCGAGUAUAUAUUCGGUAUAUAUUAUUUAAUACUCGAUAGAUCGUUCGCGACACAUCGUUUCCGACGUCGCGAAAAAGUAAAUACUCCUCUUCCACGGCCCCCUCCCCGGCGAGAAAAAUGUCCCCCGCAAAGAAAUCGAAAAGAUAUUUGCGAGAGAAAAAUUGAGAGAAACGAAAAAUCAAAUGCCGUGGUCGCUACAGCCGCAGCAUCCGAGAGAAUAGUCGGUUCCGUAUAUGUGUCGAUACGCGAACACGUCCGUCCAUCGUGGGGUGCUUCUCGCGCAAGGGUGAUAUGUUAUUGGAGAUGGAGCAACAUUCGGGCUUGAUGUCUUUGAACAUGUCACCGUUCCACUUGAGUCCGCAAGGCAGCCCGCCGCAACCCGCCGGUCAGCAACCACCCCAACAGCAACCGCAUUACGCCUCGUCGCCUUAUGGCAAUUGCGCGCAGAGCUCGCCAUCGGCUAUGUGCCACCAACCGCGACCUCAGUCGCAACAGCAGCAGCAGCAACAGCAACAGCAGCAGCAACAACAACAACAACAGCAACAACAACAAAUGUCCGUUCACGGACAAACCGCACAGGGCGGUAUGUCCGCCUUCGAGAACACUUUCUUCGAUUCCACCGUUUCCCUGGAAGACCACCGAUGUCCCAUGUGCGGUCAUAAAUUUGUGGCGAGUUAUCAGUACGAACUGAUCACAUGUGAGAACUGUAAAGGAUUCUUCAAGCGCAACAACUCGCCGCUCGGUAAUAAAAAGAGCUACACGUGUCUUUUCUCCCCUACGGGGGGUGGAAGCGGCGGCGGUAGUGGUGGUGGCGGUGGUAGUGGUGGUGGAGGCGGCAGCGGUGGUGGUGGUGGUGGUGGCAACGGUGGUGGCGGCGGCGGCGGCGGCGGCGGCGGCGGCAAUAACGGUGGAUCCUCAGCGCUUGAGAUUUGCUCCAACAAAAAGGUGUACACGUGUUUGUUCCCGCCAACAGGAGGAGCAGGAAGCGGUAACGGCGCCUGCGGUGGCUCGUCCACUGGUAUGGAAGGUAACAGCGGAGGCGGUUACACCGGCAACAACGGCGGAGCCGCCGGUACUGCCAGCAAUGGUGGUCCAGGCGCGAAUAACGCCGGUGUCGGCGGUGGAGGCGGUGGCGGCGGGCCCGGCACCGCAACAGGAAGCGGCAACGUCGCCGGCGCGGUUCCGGCCGGCGGCGGUGCACUUUGCCAUCCCGGACUGGGCCAGGUUGGCGUCGUGACCGGGUCUAUACCUUGUCCGUCCGAUUUCCCGGACACCAAGGACAUCGUCAUCGAGGAGUUGUGUCCGGUUUGCGGCGACAAAGUGUCCGGCUAUCACUACGGUUUACUCACGUGCGAGUCCUGCAAGGGGUUUUUCAAGCGCACCGUCCAGAACAAGAAGGUCUACACGUGCGUCGCCGAGAAGUCCUGCCAUAUUGACAAAACGCAGCGAAAACGGUGUCCUUACUGCCGCUUCCAGAAAUGUCUCAACGUUGGCAUGAAGCUUGAGGCUGUGCGAGCGGAUAGGAUGCGAGGCGGUAGGAACAAAUUCGGACCCAUGUACAAGAGGGACAGAGCGCGGAAGUUGCAGCUCAUGCGUCAAAGGCAACUGGCGAUUCAAACGAUACGCGGUAGCCUCGGUGGCGAUCCAUCCAGCUACACGUCCGCGGUGUCGCCGUUGCUGCACAUCAAACAGGAAAUACAAAUACCUCAGGUCUCGAGUCUGACCUCAUCGCCUGACUCGAGUCCGUCCCCCGCGACUGUGGCCGCUGGUCUGGUUACGACGCAAGCGGGCAGCGGAGCCGGUCAGCAUCAGCUGAUCGCGCCGUCCACUCAGCCAAACCUCGGUGCCAGCGGUGGCAAUCACCUGCACAACCUCAACUCCGCCCUGGACAGCAAGCUCUGGGCUGCCAACUCCACGACCCCCGGCACGAAGACCUUCAACUUCGGCGAGCAGUCCGCGCCGCCCCACGGCGCCAGUACCGUCGGUUACGGCUCCAACCCCGCUGCCUCUCUGAAAAAUAGUCAGAUGAUAAGGGACUUCCUAGCGUCGAUCGACGAUCGCGAGUGGCAGACGUCUCUCUUCGGACUCUUGCAAAACCAAACGUACAAUCAGUGUGAAGUGGACUUGUUCGAAUUAAUGUGCAAAGUGCUCGACCAGAAUUUAUUCUCACAAGUGGAUUGGGCUAGAAAUUCUACGUUCUUCAAGGAUCUCAAGGUUGACGAUCAAAUGAAGCUGUUGCAACAUUCUUGGUCGGAUAUGUUGGUGCUGGAUCACCUUCAUCAAAGGUUACACAAUAAUCUACCCGAUGAGACGACACUUCACAAUGGCCAAAAGUUUGAUCUCCUUUGCCUCGGCCUACUCGGAGUUCCUACCUUGGCCGAUCUCUUUAACGAUCUAUCCAAGAAACUUCAGGAACUAAAAUUCGACAACACCGAUUACAUAUGCAUGAAAUUUCUAAUGCUACUGAAUCACGAUGUUCGCGGAUUAGUGAACAAGAAGCAUGUGCAAGAGGGUCAUGAGCGCGUGCAACAGACGCUUAUGGAGUACACGCUAACUUGUUAUCCGUCUGUACCAGAUAAAUUCAACAAGCUGUUAGCAGUAUUACCAGACAUCCAUGAGGUGGCGACGAGGGGAGAAGAACACCUUUAUCAGAAGCAUUGUAACGGGAGCGCACCGACGCAAACACUUCUAAUGGAGAUGCUUCACGCCAAGAGAAAAUGAAACGACCGUUCUUUCCUGGUAAUUUAUGCCAUCGAAUACAUUUCGUUGCUAUAAAUAAAUAUAAGUGUAUAUGUGUAUCUUUCUCUCUCUCUCUCUCUCUCUCUUUCUCUCUCUCGAAAGUUGUGGUAGCGCCCCUAAUUUCUUGAGAAAGAGUGUGGACCUCAAAGUACCUAUUUAAAAGCUAAAAUGCUGCUAAGGUAUCGGACCAAGUUAAAGGGGGCUCUGGUUCAAGAAAUACCUGUGCAUACAAAUCAAGUACAUAGACGUACAUACUUUACAAUAUAUAUAUAUAUAAAUAUAUAUAUAGUAUAUGUAUUAUAAAAAAAUGUAUCUAAAUAUAUAAACACAUAUAUUUUCUAUAUUUGAUGUUGAAGUUUUAGAGUUGUAUCCAUGGAGAAAAUUACCCCUGUUGGUGGGUAUAUACACAAGCGCAGGGAAACAGUAAGCAAGAUGCCUUGAAAACAGUACAAAGGGUGGUUUAAAAAAAAAAAAAAAAAAUAUUGGUCAAAGGGCAGGGCAAUUGAAAUAAGUAAAGAUAUUUUUCUAAUACUUAGAUGCGAAUUUAUUUUUAAGCAUACCACUGAAGCCUUGCUCUCUCUCACACACAAACGAAAUACAAUUAUACCGUACUAAAAGAGAAUCGAAGUCUCUCUCUUCUCCAGAUCAAUCGUGCUUCUGGGAUUCAAUGGGCAUACUUGAAUGACAGUAACUUGCAUAUAAUAUACAUAUGUGUUUGUUGCACGGCCACCUGGGCAUCCUUAGUAUUUCCUAUUUAAAAAAGAAAUCUGCAUUUUUUGUCACACAUUUGCAUGCAGCAAAAGUACUAUGUAUUGUAAAUACUAGUUAACAUUCCAAUUAUGUUUGUAAAAAAAAAAAAAAACAAAUGUUAAAUAAUGUAAUUAAAUACAAUAAUUUGUGUAUAGUUGAAUAAUGAAAUGAAAUAAAUAUAUUUCUGUUAUUUGGAGAAAAAAUUAUUAGCUACUUAAUGUCUUCACUAAUUUUAAGGUGUUACGCAUAUAUUUCUCUUUAUUAUUUUUUAAAUAGGUGGCGGAAAAAAAAACAGGAAAACUACAAAUUGCGAUAUUUUACUAUUGUAUGUUGUACCAUAAUAAAGAUUCUGUGUUGUUUAAGAAAUAAAAAGAAUUAUUGGAGCAAGGUUUAUGUGGUCCUAUGUUGUUUAGCGAUUAAUUCUAAAUACAUAAAAAUAAAACCAACAUUAACCGUAUCACACAGUUGUUUUAAAUAGAGAAAUAUUUAGUAAAUGUUAAGCGAGAUAUAUAUAUAUAAAUAAAUAUAUAUAUAGCGAUCGAAAGUAGUAAUUUUUCACUAAUAGAUUAUAAUUAAUAUUAUUAUUAUUAUUAUUAUUAUUAUUAUUAUUAUUAUUAUUGUUUAGCCAAUAGUCAGAAAUUCUUCAGUGCUGUGAAGGUUGUCUUUUCGACGCCUGUGGUAUCAAAACAAAAAAAAAAAAAAAACAAGCCAUUGGGAAUUUAUAUUGUGUGUGUCAGAUGUAAAGCUUCUACGUGACAACAGAGACAGAAAUCUUUCCUCUGGUACUGCUAGAUUGGUAAUAUUACCCGUUGCAACUUCUCUUGUUUUUAAUCCACGUAUCAAACACGUACCUGCUGCAAAAAAAUAUGCUAUUUUACUACUUUCACUUUUUCCACCAAUUUUUCGUAAUAAUACAUUUAAACUAGGUGUAAAGUACUUGUUGUAUACAAGUGCGAAACCUCGACGUCGCAUUAGAUUAAGAGCCGAGUGUUAAAUCAAAUCAAGAAGAGCAGUAACGAGUAUUAUUACCGCGGAAGAGAAUAUUUUUUGUCAAAAAAAAAAAAAAAAAAAUAUCGUAAAUGUACUUAUCACGUGAGUAAAGAUUUGUGUCCACUGUCAAGUUCGACAUAUAUACAUAUAUAUACAUAUAUGUGUGUAUAUAUGUAUAUAUAUAUACUACAUGCCGAUAUAAAAUAUGCUGAUGUUCCCAAAUUUUCAAAUCGCGUCCGGUUCUUCAUGUUGAAUACAAUCGGGAGAAAAAAAAUAGCAGUUUUUAGAUUCAUCAUUGUUCACAUUUACUCGAGCGCGCCUCUUUGGAAAGAAAAAAAAACAGAUUUAUUUUUAUUUAACUCACGACACGAAUGACUACCUCUUCAUAUCUGUAUUAAGUUUUUAUAUACUUUUACAUUUUUAGUAACCACAUACCUCAGAAUAGACGCCCAGAUAGCAAUUAAAAAAAAAAUGGAAUGAAUGAAUGUAACAUGCAUAAAAACAGAUAUUUUUAAUUCGUGUAGUGUAUAUAAAUUAAAACACGUUAAGAAACACCUACGAUGUAAUACAAACUUAUUAAAAAAAGUAUCGUAUUCAUUGUAUAUCCAUGUUAUUAGCUCUUAGGUUUUAUUGUAUUUUCUGCAAAUUAGUUCAUAAUUGUGUCGUUUACCAUAUAUUAUUAGUUAAUGCUGUCACAGUUGGUAAAACAAAAAAAAAACAAAAAAAAAAAAAAGAAAACGAAACAAAUCGCUUGAAAUCACAAAGCUGUUUGGGACGAGUUUGCGCUAUCAUUUUAUUUAUUGUAAUCGUCUUUUAUUUCCGGGACUUGCGAACACGUCGGUCUGAUAAUUUUGGAACAAGUCGUAUAUAUACUAUAUAUUUAAAAUGCAAACACACACUAUUGUCACCUAUGAAUUCUAUGUUAAUAAGAAAAAAGCUUUUUCUAAAAGUGGUUCUAAAAUCAAUUUAUCAUUGUGUGUAUUUGGUAUACAGAGCGAGGCAUAAACAUGUGAUAUAUGAUAUGUGAUAUAUUAAUUCUCUGUAAAAAGUUGGCUUUCAAAGACAAAAGAUACUUUUGUUCUUUUUUUACAAAUUGGAACAAUUACGUACUUUUUUCGGAAUCGAUUCCGAUCGAAAAGUUUCCUCUGGGUUUUCCUCUGUUGUCGCAAAAAAAAAAACGACACAAUCGAAAAGCACAACUACUUCGAUCGAAAAACCGUAUUUCGAAAAUAAUUACAUAAUAGCCACUUUUUAAAACCACGAGAAAUAUAAAUGUUUUUGUUUUUCAACAAACAUAUUUGUGUUUAACUUUCGCGUUUGAAUCAUUUUUUGUCUAUCUCCGAAAAAUUCGUUCUUUGAAGUUUGUGUGUAAUAAUUGUGUCACAUAAAAUAUAAUAAGUUUAUAUUAUGUGUUUAAGCAAGUUUUACACUUCUUUAUUGGAACAGAAUUACACGGACAUAUCCUUAACUUGAGUAAAAAACGUGCAAACAAAAAAAAAAAAGUAAUUUUUUCUACAAAUCGACAUUAUUUCAUUCAUAUCUCACAUCUUUGAAUGCCUCAUUCUUUAUGCACGUCCAUCUUGAACAUGAAUGACGAUCGAUCAUCUGUUACGCGUUUAAUUAACAACACUAAUUAGAA